GUACCGAAAAUCAGUUCACGAGAUGUGAAAAUAAGCGGAUAUUGUGCGUUACAUGAUAGUCGAAAUCAUACGGCUAAAUUCCUGAUCAAAUGGAAAACUGAAGGCAGGAGAAAGACACUCAGACUCUAUUUUGCAACGGCAAAUGUAAAAAGUUUAGUGAAACAACUUGAAGAGUUAAGAUGGCAACUAACGAAUGUCAGCUAUACAGAAUCGUUCAACGGUCAGUCUGUCGAGUUCAACUCGUCUGCGAUUGUCAUAAGUGCACCUUUCAAACAGAAGUUCGUGUGUCGAGACAAGUUGAAUAUUACACUGCAUAAUGUUCAUUUCAAGGACUAUAUUCUCGAACUUGAACCCGAUAUUCAAGCACAACCCUACAAUGCGGCCGGAGGAAGUGGGGCGAACAGUAAGAAAAUUCUUAUUUCUUGA